GGCGGGGAUGGCCGAGCCGGUUGAGUAUCCGCCCUUCCAGCUGGGCAAGCCCCGCUUCGAGCAGACUUCGUUCUACGGCAGAUUCAGGCACUUCUUGGAUAUCAUCGAUCCGCGCACUCUCUUUGUUACCGAGAGUCGCCUGAAGGAAGCCGUGCAGUUGCUGGAGGAUUACAAGCAUGGAACUCUGCCCCCAGGAGUCACCAACAAAGAGCUGUGGGGAGCUCAAAAAAUAAAACAGGCCAUCAUCCACCCCGACACAAACGAGACCAUCUUCAUGCCCUUCCGGAUGUCAGGUUACAUUCCCUUCGGAACGCCCAUUGUCGUGGGUCUUCUCUUGCCCAACCAGACCUUGGCAUCCACCGUUUUUUGGCAGUGGUUGAAUCAGAGCCACAAUGCGUGCGUCAACUAUGCAAACCGAAACGCGACAAAGCCUUCCCCGACAUCGAAGUUCAUCCAGGGAUACUUGGGAGCUGUGAUAAGUGCUGUCUCAAUUGCAGUGGGCCUUAACGUGCUGAUCCAGCGAGCAAACAAGUUCACCCCCGCCACGCGUCUCCUCAUCCAGAGAUUUGUGCCRUUCCCUGCUGUAGCUAGUGCCAAUAUCUGCAACGUUGUCCUGAUGAGGCACGCGGAGCUGGAGGAAGGAAUUGAUGUUUUGGACAAUAACGGAAACAUUGUCGGAUCUUCCAGAAUUGCUGCCAAACACGCGCUCCUCGAAACGGCCCUGACUAGAGUGGUCCUGCCAAUGCCUAUACUGGUUCUACCUCCAAUUAUUAUGUCCGUACUGGAAAAAACGUCCCUGCUGAGGUCCCGUCCCCGGAUGAUUCUCCCGGUCCAAAGCCUCGUGUGCCUCGCRGCCUUUGGCCUGGCCCUCCCCUUGGCCAUCAGCCUCUUCCCGCAGAUGUCCGAGAUCGAGACAGCCCGUCUGGAGCCCGAGAUCGUCGCGGCCACCAGCAGCAAGACGGUCGUCUACAACAAGGGCUUGUGAGCGCCCGCGGCCGCCGCGGCCGGACGCUCCGGAUCGAGGAGAAAACCCCCAGCGGGGUCCGAGCAGCCCCAGCUCGGAGCAGCUCCCGGCGCUCCGGGAGGGAUCUAACGCUUGCCGAGAACUGACACCCCCGCCCCGGCGGGACGAUUAACCUUCAAAGUAAGUUUUACGUUAGCGAUCUGCAUUCACACGCCGUAGCUGAGGAGCGCGCCGGGCGGCCCGCGGGGACGUCUCCCUAGGGAUCCCGCUCGGGCGCCGUCCUGGUGAGCCCGCGGGAGAGGCACCAGCCCCGGCUCUGCUGUCCACGUCUCGUCCCACCUCGCAGAGACCAUCCGAACAAUCAGGGAGGGAAUCGAAGCCAUCGGGGAGGCCCCGUCGCGGCCCCGCGGCCGCCCGCGCUCUGCGCCGGCUGAAGCGAUGCCCGAGUCCCCGGGAAACCGGAGCAUCCCGCCCGGAGGAGGCCUUGGUGUCGCAGCAUCCGCCCCUGGCGCCUCUGAGCCCCCAGGCCGAGGCCAAGAACCUCUUCCCGAGGGAUUUUGUGGCAUUUYGGGGCCCCGAAAUGCCACUGGCUUUCCAAGGGAGCGGCAGCACAGCCGGCUCUUCCAUAGGGCAGCAAAUUGCACCAUAAAAAGCAAAAAGGAAAAAUCCAUAAGCGUGCACGCACAGCAGCUACCGAUGCCACCAUCCCGCGCCUCCACUUAAUAGCUAAUUAAUCGCUUCACCUUCCCUAAUGCACUAACGAACGGAGCCGGUGCGGGAGCAGCGGGGGGACAGGCCGGUCCCUGCGGCCGGCGUCACCGGCGGCGUCUCCCAAGUGCUCACGGAUGUCGGGAUGUGUUGGGAUGAAGCCAGGAGCCCCAGGCCC